AAUUAAUGAACAUCUUCGAACAACACAAAGAAAAAAUCUAUCAUACCUAAACACACGAUCGAGAUAUAUAGAUAUGGAGACUGUAGUGGUGAUUGUGGGAGCUGGACCAGCUGGUUUAGCAACAUCAGUUUGUUUAAAUAAACACUCAAUCCCAAACUUGAUCCUCGAGAAAGAAGACGUAUAUGCAUCACUUUGGAAGAAACGAGCCUAUGACCGUCUCAAACUUCACUUAGCCAAAAACUUCUGUCAGCUGCCUUUCAUGCCACAUGGUCCCGAUGUUCCAACCUUCAUGCCCAAAGAAUUUUUCAUAGAUUACCUUGACGCUUAUGUCACCCGUUUUGACAUAAAUCCUAGAUAUAACCGAACCGUGAAGUUCACAAUGUUUGACGUGUCUAACAACAAGUGGAGGGUAGAGGCCGAAAACACAGUGACCGGAGAAAUCGAAGUGUACUGGUCGGAGUUUGUCGUGGUCGCAACGGGAGAGAACGGAGAUAGAUACAUUCCUGAGGUAGAAGGACUUAAUAAUUUCUAUGGCGAGGUUGUGCAUUCCAGUAUGUACAAGUCCGGACGUGACUACAAAGAUAAAAAUGUUCUCGUAGUCGGAGGAGGAAACUCCGGGAUGGAAAUAAGCUUUGAUCUAAAUAACUUCGAUGCUAAUACCGCCGUUCUCAUUAGGACUCCGAGACAUAUAUUGACCAAAGAGGAAGUAUACGUGGGGAUGACACUGUUGAAAUAUUUCCCGGUGAGAAUGGUUGACACAGUAGUGAUGAUGAUGUCUAAGGCAAGAUUAUUUAUAUACGGAGAUCCCUCCAAGUACGGGCUCAUCCGACCAAACCAAGGUCCUUUUGUCACGAAAUUCUUGACCGGGAGAACUCCAGUCAUUGACGUGGGGACUGUCCGAAAAAUUCACGAAGGAAAGAUUCAGGUUAUCAAUGGUGGCAUAAGAAGCAUCGAAGGCAAGACCUUGACGUUUGAAAAUGGACUGAGACAAGAUUUUGAUGUCAUUGUGUUUGCGACUGGUUACAAAAGCUCUGUAUGCAAUUGGUUAAAGAACUAUGAGUACGUGAUGCGGGAUGAUGGCUUCCCCAAAAAUCCAAUGCCAGAUCAUUGGAAAGGAGAGAAAAAUAUUUAUUGUGCUGGAUUUUCAAGGAAGGGAAUCGCUGGAGCCGCUCAAGAUGCGAUGUCUGUGGCCCAAGACAUCAAAUCUAUUUUGGAAACGGCCAGAUACUAAGGAAUUCUCAAAACAACCACCAGAAAGAUUGGAUUACAAUAUACACUUAUACUAGGUGAAUCACCGUAUGUAUACGCAGAAAUUGAUAUUUAGUAAAACAAUAAUUUGUAAUAGUUAUUAAUAUUUAUUUUGUUUUUGUUUUA